UUUUGGUGUGACCGUGUUCUAACCUAAAUCACUCUGUAAAUCGCAUUUCUUAAUAAUAAUCGAAAACAAUGUGAUGCAUUGUACAGGUAGGUCGCCAUAGAAAUUGUAUAUUUCGUAUCAAGAUGGUCGGCCAGACGAGUGCAGGAGGUGGAGCACAGGCUGGUUACUUCAGGUAGUAAAAAAAAAAAAAAAAAAAAAAAAGGAAAAGAAAAACGUAGUCCACGUUCAGCACCGCAGCAAAUUGGAUCACAGCAUUCUAUCAGAGCAUUUGAAGCAACGCGAUGGACCGGCAGUACUUUAAAUCUCAUACAAUGUGUUGGGGCACCCUUGGAACUAUGCGGCCUUUCUCCGGUUUCCAUCCGCAAAGAGAUGUCAUACAGAUCAGCGAAGCUGUGGAGAAGAAAGAUGCAGCCACUCUUGUGAGAAUCCUGACAAAUCGCAACAGUGCUCAGAGGCAGGACAUUGCCAAAAUAUAUAAAGAGACAACACAGCAGGAACUGAUAGAUGGCAUAAAAAGAGUUCUGUCUGGAGAUUUGGAGGCUCUCAUGCUGGAACUGAUGAUGCCUCCUCUGCAGCACGAAGCUUAUCGCCUACACCAGGCCAUGGCGGGUUUAGGCACAGACGAGGAAACACUCCUGGAGAUUCUGUGUACAAGAUCAAGCGAGAAGCUUCGCUGCAUCAGUGCUGCCUUUCAACAAAUGUAUAAAAAGGACCUGGAGAAGGAAGCGAAAGGAGAAACCAGCGGAGACUUUGCUAACCUCAUCGUAGCUCUGAUGAAUAAAGAAGAUGUCACAGGUUUUGUUCAAAAGGACAUUGAGUCUCUCUCCGCGUCGCUCGACGAGAAAAAAGCCCAGGCGGCUCCCUGGAUCGAUAUUCUCACCUCCCGAGAUUCAAACCAUCUUAACAAAGUGUUUAUGGGAAUGGAGCUGGAGAGUGGACAGAUGGUGAUUCCCGCUCUGGAGAAAAGAUUCUCCGGGGAUAUUCAUCUGGGUUUGAGUGUUUUAGGUACCUGUAUUCAAAACCCCGAGGUGUACCUUGCCAAGAGAUUAACUAGCAUGAAGGCACCAGUAGUGCAUGGCAUCAUGGUGUCCCACAGUGAGGAAGAUCUACUUGGUAUCAGAGUAGCCUUCCUUAAAUUGACCGGCACUUCUCUCUACACAACCCUGCAGAAAAAUUUCAAGGGAUAUCAUUUAGAAGCUCUGUUGGCCAUCUGUCGAUCCGAAGAUUAAACCGAAGCGAUGCAUGAAUUCCGAUUUCAGGUUGACACACAUUUGACUUUGGUGUGUGAUUCUGAUUUGGUUUUUAAUUAGUAAAUCUUCAGUAUGGGUGAUUUUAUGAGUUUGUAAUUAAAAAAAAAAGAA